CAUAACUGCCCUCGCGUGCGUCUGCCCGGCAUGCUAUGUCACCCUGCACCAUCACCUGCACUGUAGCAUUUUUGACCUUCAGAUUCAAAAAACUAUCAAAUUCCAAACAAGGAUAGUUCGACCUAGGAAGUUGAUUCCAAUCUGACGUUCUAAUAGCUCCCAAUAGGUCACAUUUUCUGAAAUCAGAUACGUAAUAUCAGUUACGAAAGAAUUACGGAAUCUUUCUUUUCUUCCAUAGCAGGCUAAAGGCCAAAGAGCUUCACAGUCGCAAGCUUCGCACAGGUCGUCAUUCAUUGUGUUGGAGUCGGAGAGAGAGAGAGAGAGAGAGAGAGAGAGAGAGAGAGAGAGAGAGAGAGAGAGAGAGAGAGCCAUGGAGCUCGAGAUGGAAUUAAUGGCGUCGGCCAUUGGAGUGUCAGUUCCCGUUCUUCGAUUUCUUCUCUGUUUCGUCUCCACUAUACCGGUGAGCUUUUUAUGGAGAUUUGUCCCCGGAAGAAUCCCGAAGCAUAUCUACGCGGCGGCAUCUGGAGCUCUUUUGUCUUACAUUUCUUUCGGAUUCUCAUCCAUUCUUCAUUUUUUGGUUCCGAUUUUGAUAGGAUACUCCUCGAUGCUCCUUUAUCGGCGUAAAUGUGGUGUUAUCACCUUCUUGGCUGGGUUCGGUUAUCUCAUUGGGUGUAAUAGUAAAUAUGUUAAUGGUGAAUCACUGCUCUCAUCUUUUUCCAAUAUAGGAGCUUUAAUGGUGUUGACAUUGAAAGUCAUCUCAUGUGUAAUUAAUUACAAUGAUGGGAUAUUGAAAGAAGAGGACCUGCGCGAAGCACAGAAGAAAAAUCGGUUGCUACGGUUACCUUCUCUGAUUGAGUACUUUGGUUACUGCUUCUGCUGUGGAAGUCAUUUUGCUGGACCAGUUUAUGAAAUGAAGGCUUAUCUUGACUGGACAGAACAGAAAGGGAUAUGGAGCCCCCAUGGGAAAGGGCCAACCCCAUCACCCUAUGGUGCAGUGAUUCGAGCUUUAAUUCAAGCUGCUGUAUGCAUGGCUUUAUACCUGUACCUUGAACCACAUUUCCCACUGUCCCGGUUUACUGAUUCUGUCUAUCAGCAAUGGGGGUUUUGGAAACGUCUGAGUUACCAGUACAUGGCUGGCUUUACAGCUCGUUGGAAGUAUUAUUUUAUCUGGUCAAUCUCUGAGGCUUCCAUGAUCAUCUCUGGUCUUGGAUUCAGUGGUUGGUCAAAUUCUUCUCCACAAAAACCACGUUGGGACCAUGCUAAAAAUGUUGAUAUUCUUGGUGUUGAGUUUGCAAGAAGUGCUGCUGAAUUGCCCCUUGUGUGGAACAUCCAAGUUAGCACUUGGCUGCGUUAUUAUGUUUAUGAGAGACUCAUCCAGAAAGGGAAGAAGCCUGGUUUCCUUCAAUUGCUGGCAACGCAGACUGUUAGUGCUAUUUGGCAUGGAUUAUAUCCUGGAUAUAUAAUAUUCUUUGUUCAAUCAGCUCUGAUGAUUGCGGGUUCCAAAGUUAUUUAUAGAUGGCAGCUGGCUAUUCCCCAGAAUAUGGGUCUGGUUAGGAAGAUACUCACAUUUGCAAACUUUACAUAUACCUUAUUGGUUUUGAAUUAUUCUGCAGUUGGUUUCAUGGUCUUGAGCAUGCAUGAGACACUUGCUUCAUAUGGGAGUGUGUAUUACAUUGGAACCAUUGUUCCUAUUGUGGUAUUCCUCCUUGGCUAUAUCAUAAAACCGGCGAAGACCUCCAGGUCUAAAGCUAGGAAAGAGCAAUGAGAUGGGAUAGUAACUUUGUACAAACUAUAUCAGUAAUGAUAAGAACUGCAUAUUUCUGGCAUUCAACACAUUGAUUCGGUGAUGAUGAGAAUAAAUAUUAUUGUUCAUUAUACUCGGCGAUUUCCUCAAUGAAUGUGGCUCAGAUGUUUAUUAA